AUGAUACCAACUCCAAACUUGGAUCACAUAUCUUCUAAAGAUUACGAAAACGUGUAUGAACCUGCCGAGGAUACAUUUUUGUUACUUGAUGCACUUGAAAAAGAUGCGGAACUUUUAAGAAAUGAAAUCGCACCUUGUAUAAGUUUAGAAAUUGGGUCAGGAACUGGGUGCGUAUCAACGUUCCUUGGGAAGAUACUUGGCGACGGCAAAGCACGUGGGUUUUUUUUAGCAAGAUCUCUUUCAUUUUUACAAGAACAUAUAAAUCCAUAUGCCAGUUAUAUCACUAUUAAGACAGGAUACAACAAUUCGCAGGUUCAAUUAGAGUCGAUUACCACCAACUUAGCAAAUGGUCUUUUACCAAGACUUUAUCAUUCCGUUGAUAUAAUAUGUUGUAAUCCACCUUAUGUGGUUACAACUUCUGAAGAAUUAUAUUCAUCAAAAAGUGUUAUCGAGAGAGCAUGGGCUGGUGGAAUUGAUGGGAGAGAAGUGAUCGAUAAGAUGUUACCAUUAGUUGAUGAAUUAUUAUCAGAUAAAGGUGUAUUUUACCUUCUAUUAAUAAGUGAAAAUAAACCAAAUGAAAUUCGCGAAACGAUGAAAAAUGAUUAUAAUUUACAAUCAAAGGUUGUACUAUCGCGUUUAGCAGGAAGAGAAAAACAAUCGAUCUUGAGAUUCUGGAGAGAUAUCCGGCAAUAG